AUGUUGGACAUUGUGAAAGAAGACAACUUAAUUCAAAAUACGUUUCAAAUAUGUUUAAAAAAGGAAGGGGGAAAUAAUACUAAAUCUCAUCUUGAGUCAUAUGAAAAUGAAUUAAAAGAAAAUAAUGAUGAAUUAUAUUUUAAAGUAGAUAACUUAUAUUUUAUAUUAAUACAUAAAAUAGCAAGUUUGCACAAACAAAAAAAAAACUGUUUAAGUUAUUUAUGCUCUUGUUCUGUUCGAUUACAAGACAAACAUUUUUUUAAAAGUUUAAAUAUAGAAUAUAAAUCUAUAGAAAAUAUAACAAAUGAGAUAUUAGAUCAAAUAAUAAAUAGUACAAUUAUAUAUUUAGAAAAUUUAGAUGUUUAUCCAAAUGCAAAAAUAUCAUAUAAAGAAAGAAUAAACGUAUUUUAUGAAUUUCUAAAAGGAUCUUGUACAUCAAGAUUUUUAAAAAAAUUAUUGUCUGCAAUUGAAGAAAAUGAUAAAAGUGAGAAUGAAAAUAAUAAACAAUUAAAUAAAUUUUUUAAUCCAAUAAUAGAUAUAAUUUUAGAAAAUUUAAAUUCUAGAAAUUUAAUAUAUCCUAAAAAUGAUGUAGCAGUACUUUUAAAAUUUAUAUCAAGUUUUAAGCAAUUAGCUGAUUUGGUUGUUAAUAAUAAAUCGAUAUUUUUAUAUCUUAAUUUGAAGGAUAGAGUAAAGGAUACUAUUUUAUAUCAAUCUCAUUUCAAAAUUGAAGAUUCUCAAAAAGAUGAAGAAGAAAAAAUGGACAAUGAAAAAGAAGUUAAUAAUAUUAAUGUAAGUGAUCAAGUGGAUGGAAAUGAAUCAAACAAAAUAUAUGGAUUUAAUAAAAAUGGAAAAAGUAGUAAUGAUAAAGAAAUUGGGGGAUGUGGUUAUAAUUUACAAUUAAAUAGUUUAUUAGGUAGACUUAUAUCACCAACAAUAAUAACUAUGCCAAAUAUAAAAAAUAAAGAAGAAAUUGCAAUGUAUAAAUAUUUUUAUAAUAAUACAACAAAUAGUUUAAAUAAAAUGACAUUGGCUAGUUUGAAAAAUAUUUAUACUGUAUUAAGAGGAGAUACAAAUUGGAUUUUAGAAAAUUGUGUCGAAAUAAUUAAAAAUUUAUUAAAAGGUAGUAAUGAAAGCAAAAAAAGGGUUUUGCUAUGGUUAAAUUGUAUAUUAAUAUCGAAUGAAAAAAAAACCAAAAUAAUGUAUCACUAUUCUACUUAUCCACAAUCUUUAGAUAAUUCAUAUGGUUUAUUUUUAAAAUUAUUGGGAGAAAAUUCAUAUGGUUUUUGCUUAAACAUUUUAUGGAUAUUAUUAUGUUUAUGUGAGCCUAUAACUAUUAACAAAAUCAAUGAUUUAGAUUUGUAUUUUUUUUUAAGAGAUGAUCCAUUUUCAGGAUUUAUUUUAAAAAAUAUAACUAAUCAAUCUUCGUUUGAAGAAAUAUCCAAUGUUGAAAAAAUUAAAAAUAAAGUAAAAAAUUUUGAAAGUUUUAAAAAAGAACCUAAAUUUAUUACUUGUAUAUUUUGGAUGGCAUAUAAAGCUCUAAGUGUUUUCCUUAAACCUUCGAUAGAUGAAUUUAUUAGAAUAGUUCAUGGUGUUUCCAAUGCUAAGGAUAAAAAUAUUUAUUAUAUGAAUAUACAUACAUGGAAAAUAUUUUUAUACAAUUCUCGUUUUGCUCAACUUUUAUUCAAAUUUUUGAAUUUAUGUAUGAGUUAUAUUUUAAAUGUAGUUUAUUUAUAUGACCGUGAUGGUAAUUUAGAUGCAUCUAUGAAAUCAUAUUUGGAUGAACAUAAAGGAAAAUAUUCUCACCUAGUUCUGAAAGCUUGCCCACCUCCCAAUGAAUCAAAUAAUGAAAUAUGUAAAUCAUAUAGCCAUAGAAACACAGGAACUAAUAUAGAACCCAAUACAACUGAAGAAGACGCAUCUAAUAAUGAUAGAAGUGGAAAUACAAGAAAUGCUGAUGAAUUGGAAAGAGAAAAUGGAGCUACUAACUCUGAAAACAAUUUAUGUGCAUCUCCACAAUUUUCUAUAAUUCCAACAUUUUUUUUAAGUGAUAUAUUUGAAAUAAUAUUUUUAUUAUACGAGUUAGAUACAUUUAAAACACAACAUCAUGAAACCUUUAUGUCAUAUAUAAAUUUAGAUUUAUUUUUAGCGCUUACAAUUUUUACAAUGCUUAGUGAAAAACAUAUAAAAAGUAUCCAUUUAAGAUGUGAAUCAGCUCCUAAAACAUUUACUUAUUUAUAUAAAUCAGAUAGUUUAAAAUCUAUAAUUGAAGAAUCAGAUUUAACAAAAAAAUAUAUUAUCAAAUCAUUAACAAAUGUGUUUAUUUCAUCACAAAAAGGAGAGUAUACAGAAAGAAUGCAAACUCGUUUGCGAAUUGUUGAGAAUUUUAAUAGUUUUUUUUUUAAUAAGAUAUAUGUAAACCAAUUUACCCAAUUAAUUAUAAAUAAUAAUAAUUUGUUUGUACAUUUAAUUCAUUUGUUAUUAAAUGAUGUAAACUUUUUGGUUGAAGAAGUUGUUUCAUAUUUGUCAGAAAUAAAAAGGAGAGAAAAUAAAAAAAAAACUAAAGAGACAUCAAGAACGGGUUCUAGUACAAUUAGAGUAGAGAGAAGUGGAAAUGGAAAUUCACAAAAUGAAGAAGGAAUUUAUAAUCAAAGUAAUAAUAUAGAUAGACGAAAUAGAAAUCUAAUAGAUGGUGAAGAUGUAGAAGAAGAUGAUGUAUUAAAUGAAUUUGAUGAAGCACGAGACCAUUAUGGAAAUGGUUUGAAUAUGAAUUAUGAAAAUGGAGAAUAUAAUGAAGAAAGCGAAAAUAACGGAAGUGGAGGUGGAUCAGAUAUACAUAAUGAAAGCAUGUCAAAUUUAGCAACUAAAACAAAAAUGAUAAUAACAUAUUGUUAUGAAUCUUGUGUAUUUUUAAAUUUAUUAUGCAAAAAUUAUCCAAUAAACAUUGUAACGUCAAAUACUAUAUUAACUCAAAUAGUUACUUGUUUAAAUUGUUAUUUUGAUUAUUUAGUAGGGCAUAAAAGUUUAAAUAUAAAAGUAAAGAAUAUGGAGCAAUAUAAUUUCAGACCUCAAUUAUGGUUAACCAGUAUAGUAGAAUCAUAUCUAUAUUUAUUAAAUUUAGAAAAAAAUUACCAAGAUUUAUUAAUAAAAGAAAUAGCUAAUGAAGGUAGAUAUUAUAAACAAGAAAUUUUUAACAAAGCAUAUUAUAUAUGUAAAAGAGAAAGCUUAUUAAAUAAAGAAGAUUUAAACAAAUUUAAAUUAUUUUGUCAAAAUAUUAUUGAUAUGAAAGAUGAAGUUGAAUUAUUUGACGAUACAAGUGAUAUACCAGAGAAAUUUUUAGAUCCUAUUUUACAAGAUAUAAUGUUUGAUCCAGUUUUAUUACCAACAUCUGGUAUUGUUAUAGAUAGGAAGAAUAUUGAAAGGCAUUUAAUGAGUGAACCCAAUGAUCCAUUUAAUAGAGCUCCUCUUUCAAAAGAGCAAUUAAUUCCUAUGUCAGAAUUGAAGGAAGAAAUACAAAAUUAUGUUAAUAAGCUGAAAGAAGAAAAAAUGAAAAAAAAAAAAAAAAAAAAUGUUGAUCUUGAUGCAGAUAUGGAUCCAAAUGAAGGAGCCGAAAAAAAGGAAGAGACAGAUUCUAAUAUUAACAAAAAUGAAUUUGAUUAG